AAUUAUUAUCGUAUUUAUUACUCAACGAAAGUGAAGUGCGAAAUCGGUCGCCUCAAGUGCCGGGCCAUACGUGCAAAGCCCGUAAAUAAAUUACACAGCCAUAUAGCCGUGAUCCUUCCCUUUACCCUUACCCACCGCCGCAGCUGAUAAUGCAAACGGAGUCCGCCUGAUCGAUUUCGUUUUGGAGUGCGAAUGUGAGUGCGAGUGCGGGUGAUACGAAGCGAUUUUUAGCAGCCUCUGAUUGUGGACAGUUGCCACCGAAAAUGGUCCGGCUGCAGUUACUCUGAUUUAAUCCAAUCCGAUCCGAUCCGGCGCCAUCAUGGACUCUUAUUUCGACUCGGCCAUAGAGUACAACCGCACAAAUCCCAUCAGUUUGGCCAGGACCAGCGAGCAGGCCCAAACCGUGCAGAACGAGAAGAACUGGGAAUGGUCCUACCUCGUGAGAAAAUGUCGCAACCUGGAACUGGAGGAGUCAUACGACCUGUAUAUGCGUCGCCUGCGCGUCGGUUACCUGUCACUAUUCAUCUUUAUCCAUGUGGCAGUGACGGUAAUCCAUACUCUCCUCCUACUGACUACGCCGGAGAUCAAGUACGUGUACGUGGACAUGGUGGCCUACAUGUGCUCGGGUUUGGUUAUUUGGAUAGUCCUCUCCGUGAACUUCCGGAGCGAGCUGGUAAGCAAGCAUGGCUGGGUUGUGUAUGCCACAUCUUGGCUAGCGGUCUGCGUGAUGGUCCUGAUGGACAUAGGGCUUAAUGUCUACCAUGCCACCAGUCACAAUGACAUUCUAAAUCCGAUCUACGAUGCCUAUACCCUGUACGCCAUAUACAUGUUCAUGCCAGUGCCGUAUCUGCUGCAACCGUUUGUCCUGGGAUCGGCAGUCACCUUUUGCUAUAUAAUAAACUACAGCUUUGUGAUCACCGCCAAGGACGACAACCAAAUGCACAGCAUCCUGAAUGAGGCUAUCUAUCUGAGUUGUGUCAACCUCUUGGGAAUUUUCUUUCGCCUGAUGCGGGAUAUAGCGCUACGCACAACUUUCCUGGACCGACGGCAAUAUGUGGAGGAGAAUCUCCUUUUGCGUUAUGCCAGAGAUCAGGAGCGAAGCCUUUUACUAAGCAUAUUGCCUGCCCAGAUUGCAGAUCGAUUGCAGGAGGAUGUGAAGAACCGCAUUGAGAGAUCUAAGCAGCAGCAUCAGCAGCAAUCGCAGGUCGAUCUGCGUAGGAGUGCGGAUAGCCAGACACUCAAGCGGUGGCGACAACCGGAUCAUGGCACCCUAUUCAUUGAGCCUCAUGAUGACGUCACUGUUCUCUACGCAGAUGUGGUCAACUACACCCACUUGACCACAACUUUGGAUGUCAAGAAACUAGUAGAGGCUCUACACGAUCUCUUCGUGCGAUUCGACAUCGCCAGCGAGGAGUACAAUGUGCUGAGAAUCAAGUUCCUGGGGGACUGCUACUACUGUGUGGCUGGACUGGCCAAUCCCAAUGUUGACCACGCUAAGUGCUGCGUGGAUCUGGGACUGCGGAUGAUCAAGGACAUACGAGAUGUCCGGGAGAAGCGACAUCUGAAUAUCGACAUGCGAAUCGGGGUCCAUUCCGGAGAUGUCUUGUCCGGUGUAAUUGGAGCAGCCAAGUGGCAGUUCGACAUCUGGUCUAAGGACGUGGACAUUGCUAAUAGACUGGAGGCCACAGGAGCCACAGGACGAGUGCAUGUAAGCCAAAAGACGCUCUCCCUGCUGGAUGGUGAGUAUUUCUAUGAAGACGGCACCGAAAAGGCUCGAGAGGAUCCAGUGUUGCAGAAGCAUGGUAUUCGCACCUUCCUGAUCAAGUCGCUGCGCGCCCCAAUGCACGACCCGCGUCGCAGGAUGAGGGAACGGCAGGCCAAGAAGCUAAGCGAGGCCAGUAAGGCCAACUUCAUGCACAACUCCACGCUCCACCAGUACAACCAGGUGCGCAACCAGGCUAAGCUGGAGAUGUGUCGCGAACUGGACAAGAUGCCCAUCGGGAGGAUACAACUCACCAAGGUAUUCCGACGAAGCACUCGCCUCACCCAGGAUGAAAUCGAAGAGGAGACUUUCCGCCGUAACAUUAGCUCCUGCUGCCUGUUCUUCCGUAUCCGAAAUUGGGAGUUUCAGUACAUGCAGGAGCCAGAUGUGAUGCUCAAGUACAGCAUUGCUCUGUCCUGGGCUAUCUACAUGGGUCUGCUGACCAUCCAGCUGUUGAGCAAGGAUGCCCGCUAUCACUACUGGUAUAUAGAUGGCACCACGAUAAUCCUGCUCACCAUGCUGCUAGUCGUGUCCUGGUACAAAAAACUCUGGAUCAUGUACAUGUCUGAUGCGGAUGUGUCAUCUCCAAACGGCAAGCUCAGUGGGUUCCUUUUCCGCAUGUCGGAUGAGAUGCAGCGCAACGUGGUCAUCCGGAUAGUGAUGUACUUCCUCAUCAUUUUCUCGUACUGUGCAGUGGCCAUAAUGCAAGUGAUAGGAUGCAGUAGCGACGAGGAUUACCCGGACUUGGAACCGAGUUACGACGAGCGAGUGCAGUGCUUUCAUCCUUGGAUACUCACUAACUGCAUGACCCUAGUCAUAGGCAUGUCGUUUCUCUUCACGCGAAUACCCUUUAUCAUCAAGUCCUGUUUCACUACGUUGAUAGUGAUUGGCUAUUCGGUCCUGGUGGUCUUCGAAUUCAACUACAUCUAUGCCAACAGCCCCUCGACCAAUGUUAACUUCAAUGCCAAGUACUCGCACAUCCUGCUGAUGAUCAUCACAUUUGGCAUUUUCCACCUGAUGGAGCGCCAAACGGAGUUCAUUGCCAAAGUGGAUUACAACUGGAAACGGCAGCUUCUUAAAAAGCAGGAGGAUGCACUGAUUACCAACGACACCAUCAAAGUCCUUCUUACCAAUAUUUUGCCCACUCAUGUUGCCGACUUUUAUCUGUCCAACCAACUGCAGAAUGAGCUCUACUACGAGGAGUACGACAAUGUGGCCGUAAUGUUUGCCUCGAUCAAAAACUUCGACACUGACAAGAUCGGUUUGCGGGUGCUGAACGAGAUUAUCUGUGACUUUGACGAUGUGCUGAACAAGUACUCGCAGAGCUUGCGCGUGGAGAAGAUCAAGGUCGCCAACUGGACGUACAUGGCGGCCUGCGGACUGGACGUUUCUCGAUCCGAGCAGGUGAAUGCACCCCAAAUGAAAUUUCGCAACGUGUCUUUGAUGCCAAACGGACGUAGGAGUCGCUACGACGGAGCCCGCACCUCCAAUACAGACGGAGUGCAACGGGUGCCGUACGGUAACGGCAGCAACAUAGCCCUGGAUCUCGACUUGGAGCGGGGUCAGUACGAGGGAAAUGUGAUCACCAGUCCACCACGGAUCAGCACCUACCAAAACGUCGACAGCAGCAACGAGGUGGUGCGGGUGAUGGCAGAAUUCGCCCUGGACCUCAUGCGGACCAUGCGUCGUUUUAAUACGGAGAACAUGCAAACGGAGUACGAGGGCAGCACCGAUUACGGUAUGUUAAGGAUAGGAAUUUCGCAUGGCAGGGCCAUGGCCGGAGUGGUGGGCAUCUCGAAGCCCCACUAUGACAUCUGGGGCAAUCCCGUCAACAUGGCAUCGCGCAUGGACUCCACCGGAGUGCCAGGGCAGAUCCAGGUCACCGAGAACACGGCCCUAAAGCUACGCGAAUUCAACAUCCAGUGUAACUACCGGGGGAUGACCUUCGUCAAGGGGCGUGGCAACAUACCCACCUACAUCAUUGGCACCGACAGCGAAUACCAGUUCCUGCCGCAUCGCCCACCCGCGGAAACCAAAGAAGACUAGCUGAAUUUACCAGAGAUUAGAACUAAGGCACCUGUGUAUAUAAAUACCA